AGCUGACCCAUUCCUGUUUGGGAGGUUUGGGGAGAAGGAAGAUGGCCAGAUCUCCAUGUGCCCGGCAUGCCCUCUGGCUUCUGCAGUGGGCACCACUAUUCCUGGGACCUAGUGCUGUUCCUCCAGCCUGGGCCUUGAACCUGGACCCUCUGAAGUUCACCGUCUAUACAGGUCCCAAUGGCAGCCACUUUGGAUUCUCAGUGGACUUUCAUAAGGACAAGUACGGGAGUGUGUCCAUCGUGGUGGGUGCCCCGAGGGCCCUCAGUGCAAGUCAGAAUGAGACCGGAGGGGUCUUCCUGUGUCCCUGGAAGGCCAGUGGCGGCAACUGCACCUCCCUGUUCUUCGACCUCAGAGAUGAGACGCAACACAAAGGCUUCCAAUAUUACCAAACCUUCAGGACCGGACAAGGACUUGGGGCAUCAGUCGUCAGCUGGAAUGACGUCAUUGUGGGCUGCGCCCCCUGGCAGCACUGGAAUGUCCUAGAAAAGGACGAAGAGUCAGACAAGACUCCGGUGGGUGGCUGCUUCCUGGCUCAGCUCCAAAGCGGCGGCCGCGCAGAGUACUCGCCCUGUCGCGCCAACACCAUGAGCUCCGUUUACUCCAAGAUAUACGGCGGAGACAAGCGGCUCUGUGAAGCCGGCUUCAGCGCGGCGGUGACCCAGGCUGGAGAGCUAGUGCUUGGGGCCCCUGGCGGCUACUUUUUUUCAGGUCUUCUGGCUCGGGUUCCAAUUGCGAAUAUCAUCUCUAGCUACCGCCCGGGUACCCUUUUGUGGCAUGUUCCCAAACAGCUCUUCACCUUCGACUCCAUAAGCCUAGUGAACUACCACGCCUACCGGGGGUACUCGGUGGCUGUAGGCGAAUUCGAUGGGGAUCUGAGCACUACAGAAUACGUACUGGGUGUCCCCACCUGGAGUCGGACCUUGGGAGCGGUGGAAAUUCUGAACACCUACCGCCAGACGCUGCACCGGCUGCUGGGAGAGCAGGUGGCUUCAUAUUUCGGGCAUUCAGUGGCAGUCACCGAUGUCAACGGCGACGGGCGGCAUGACCUACUGGUGGGGGCUCCGCUGUACAUUGAGAGCAGAGCAGACUGGACGCUGGCCGAGGUGGGCCGCGUGUACUUGUUUCUCCAGCCUCGGGAGCCCCAUGCUCUGGGCACGCCCACUCUCCUCCUGACUGGCACUCAGCUCUAUGGGAGAUUUGGAUCCGCCAUUGCGCCCCUGGGUGACCUCAACCGAGAUGGUUAUAACGAUGUUGCUGUGGCUGCUCCCUAUGGGGGUCCCAGUGGUCGGGGACAAGUGCUGGUGUUCCUGGGUCAGAGUGAGGGGCUGAGUCCACAGCCCUCCCAGGUCCUGGACAGUCCCUUCCCCGCAGGCUCUGCCUUUGGCUUCUCCCUUCGUGGUACCCUAGACGUGGAUGACAAUGGAUACCCAGACCUGAUAGUGGGAGCUUAUGGAGCUAGCAAGGUGGCUGUGUACAGAGCUAAACCAGUGGUGAUGGCCUCUGUCCACCUGAUGGUUCCAGACUCACUGAACCCCACACUGAAGAACUGUGUCCUGGAACAGACCCAGGCGCCGGUCAGCUGCUUCAACAUCCAGAUGUGUGUGGGAGCCACAGGGCACAGCAUUCCUCAGAGGCUGGAUCUAAAGGCAGAGCUGCAGCUGGACCUGCAGAAGCCCCGCCAGGGCCGCCGGGUGCUCCUUCUGGAGUCCCAGCAGGCGAGCCUCACCCUGAACCUGGACCUGGGCAGAAGAAACAGACCUAUCUGCCACACCGCCAUGGCCUUCCUUCGAGACGAGGCUGACUUCCGGGACAAGCUGAGUCCGAUUGUGCUAAGCCUCAAUGUGACGCUGUCCCCAGAGAAGACUGGAGUAGCACCCGCCGUGGUGUUGCAUGGAGAAACCCAUGUCCAGGAGCAGACCCGGAUCAUCCUGGACUGUGGGGAAGAUGACCUGUGCGUGCCGGAGCUCCAGCUCACAGCUACCGUGGGGGACUCCCCGCUUCUCAUUGGUGCUGACAAUGUGUUGGAGCUGAAGAUAGAGGCAGCCAAUGACGGUGAGGGGGCCUAUGAGGCGGAGCUGGCUGUGCGCCUGCCUCCGGGUGCCCACUACAUGCGGGCUUUCAGCAACGUUGAGGGCUUUGAGAGGCUCAUCUGCACCCAGAAGAAGGAGAAUGAGACCAGGGUGGCGCUUUGCGAGCUGGGCAACCCCAUGAAAAAGGACACCCGGAUAGGCAUCACCAUGUUGGUGAGUGUGGAGAACCUGGAAGAUGCCGGGCAGUAUGUGUCCUUCCAGCUGCAGGUCAGGAGCAAGAACAGCCAGAAUCCAAACAGUAAUGUUGUGCUGUUGCCUGUGGCAGUCCGAGCUGAGGCCAUAGUGGAGCUUCGGGGGAACUCCUUCCCUGCUUCCCUGGUGGUGGCCGCAGAAGAAGGUGACGAGGAGCAGGCUGGCUUGGGCAGCUGGGUCCCCAGGGUGGAACACACUUAUGAGCUCCACAACAAUGGCCCUGGCACCGUGAAUGGCCUCCGACUGGUCAUCCACCUUCCCGGCCAGUCCCGGCCUUCGGACCUGCUCUACAUCCUGAAUGUGCAGCCUCAGGGGGGUCUCCUUUGUUCUUCAGAGCCAUCCCCCAAUCCCCUCAAGGUGGACUGGAGGGUACCCACUGCCAGCCCUUCUCCCACUAGCUGGGCCCAUCCCAGUCGUGACCGCAGAGAGGCUGUCCUGCAGCAGCCCAAGCAGCCAGGGGAGCGGGACCCAGUUCGGGUGAGCUGCGACGGCACAGCGCCAUGUAUGGUGGUGGAGUGUGAGCUGCAGGAGAUGGUGCGUGGGCAGCGGGCCAUGGUCACGGUGCAAGCCAUGCUGGGGAUGUCCAGCCUCCGCCAGAGGCCUCAGGAGCAGUUUGUGCUGCAGUCACACGCCUGGUUCAACGUCUCCUCCCUACCUUACUCCGUGCCGGCGCUCAGCCUGCCCAGCGGGCAAGCUCUGGUGCAGACAGAGCUGCUUCGGGCCUUGGAGGAGAGGGCCGUUCCUACCUGGUGUGUGCUGGUGGGCGUACUAGGCGGUCUGCUGCUGCUGACCCUGCUAGUUUUGGCCAUGUGGAAGGCUGGUUUCUUCAAGCGUAAUCGACCGCCUCUGGAAGAAGAUGAAGACGGAGAGUGAGGAUGUCAGAGCUCGGUCCUGGUGGGGAGGCUGGGUACCUGCUGCCCCUCUUACUUCCAGCCAGCUGCUCCUGCUCAGAACUCCACGGCUUCUAACUAUCCCAUGGAGCCUUCCUUCCCUUCUCAGCGGACUGGGCACAUCCCCUUUCCUACUGCCUAAUAAACAGCUUGAUGUGGGUA